AUGGACAAGCUCUCUGGUCUCGCUUCGAAGCUCGGCGGCAACAAGGAGUCGGGCUCGGGCUCGAAGCCUGACGCGGGCAAAGAGGACUACCUCGACAAGGGUGAGGUUUUCCACGGUUCGUGGUCUGGUGUUUUCCGCACUGACAUUUCAUACACAGGCCUGGAUGCCAUCGAGAGCAAGCUUAGCGGCGGCAAGAUCGACCCCCAGAAGAUGCGUUCGACCAACGAGAAGAUCACCGACGCUGGUCGCGAGCAGUUUGAGAAGGCUACCGGGAAGAACCUCCCCGAUAAGUUCUCCAAUUAA